CUACAUAUAAUGAGGAUAAUUUAGGCUUUUAUAUUAAAGUUGGGGAGGCUGCCAAGCCAUACAAUAAUACAAACUCAAUCAAACAUUCAAACAGUUUUUUUAUUGACCAAAAAGCAAAGUGCAGAAGCGGCGAAGGAGAGAGAGCAUCGGAGCACCAAACGCCACCCCCCCACCUAACCCAUAAAAGCAUCUUUCCAAAAUUCAGUGCUAAAUUCCAGAAGAAGAUGUUAAUGAAUGAAGUAGUUAUUUGUUGAUCUUACACAAAUUCAAUCACGGCUCUUCUUGGAUCUUUCGUUUUUAUUCUCACAAUUCAUCACCACAACAAAGUGUUGAUCGACAAUCCAUCUCUUCUGGUGGACGACAAGCAGCGAAUCCCUUCCCCACACGGUGGUAGGGGUGCCUCACCCUCUGAAGGCGGUUGCCCCUCCGAUCUCCUCUUCCUCGCCGGCGGCGGUCCCCUUUUCCCUCUCUCCUAUUUUUUCUUCUAAAGUGCACAUAACAUAUAUAUAUAUACAUAUAGAGAGAGAGAGAGACGUAGAUAUAUAAAUAUAUUAUUGAUUAUCCUAUCCAAGAACAGGAAGGAUGUUGACUAUAAAGAGGGUGCCGACCCUAGUUUCCAACCACCAAGACGAUGUUCCUGACCUGGGUUGUGGUCGCAAGUGCCUUGGAAAAUGCUGCAUGCCUGUUUCCAGGCUUCCUCUAUAUGCAUUCAAGAAUGACGACAAUGAGCCAAUCGAAAAUGACAUUCAUACCUUGCCUGAAGAGGAGUGCCAGAUAUCUUUCUUGAACAAUUUGAUGUUAGGUCUCUGGGAGGAGCGGAUGAGCCAGGGACUAUUUCGAUAUGAUGUAACAGCCUGUGAGUCGAAGGUCAUUCCUGGGAGACAUGGUUUUAUUGCACAGCUGAAUGAGGGACGCCACCUAAAGAAGCGCCCAACAGAGUUUCGCAUUGAUAAGGUUCUUCAGCCUUUUGAUGAAAACAAAUUCAAUUUUACCAAAGUGGGCCAGGAAGAAGUGCUUUUCAGAUUUGAACCAAGCACUGACCACAAGCCCCAUUACUUUUCGGGCAUGGGAGUAGAUGCUGGUAUUUCACCUAGUGUUGUUGCUAUCAACGUGAGCCCAAUCGAGUAUGGACAUGUGCUUUUGAUACCUCGAGUUCUUGAUUGCUUACCUCAGAGAAUUGAUCGUGAUAGUUUCGCAAUUGCUCUCCAUUUAGCCAAAGAACUGGCAGAUCCCUUCUUUAGGGUGGGUUAUAACAGUUUGGGCGCCUUUGCCACCAUAAACCACCUCCACUUCCAGGCAUAUUACUUGUCAGUCCCAUUUCCAGUUGAGAAAGCACCAACACUGAAGAUACUGGCAAGGAAGGGGCUGGGUGGCGAUGGAGUUAUUGUUUCUAAGUUAUUAGAUUACCCCGUACGAGGUUUUGCUUUUGAGGGUGGAAAAGGAAGUACGGUCCGUGAUUUGUCUGAUGCUGUUGUCAAUUCCUGCAUCUCCCUUCAGAACAAAAACAUCCCUUUCAACAUUCUCAUUGCUCAGUGUGGAAAGAAGAUUUUUCUGUUCCCUCAGUGUUAUGCAGAGAAGCAAGCACUUGGAGUUGUAGACCAAGAGCUCCUCAACACUCAGAUGAACCCUGCUGUGUGGGAAAUUAGUGGACAUAUGGUGCUUAAGCGAACAGAGGAUUACAACGAUGCAUCAGAGGAACGUGCAUGGAAACUUCUUUCUGAGGUUUCUUUAUCGGAGGAGAGAUUUGAAGAAGUGAAAAGUUAUAUUUCUGAAGCAGCUGAUCUGCAAGAAACAGAGGGGGAUACAAGCAUCAAUCCAGAGAAGGAAAUUCCAGAUUCUCCUGGUCCGCAAGUGGCCUCACAUAUGCCUCAAGAUUGUUUGGUGUUGCACUGAAGAACUUGUGGCUAUCUCUAGCAGGAUUUAAUAAAGGUUGAAGCAUCUAGUGUAUGGUUGAUAUUUUCUGUGCUAUUUUUGCAACGUCUUGUUCGAUGCAUAUUACUGUAUUAGUUGGAGUUGGUAAUACCCAAGUAGUGUUUGUACAUGUGCCUUGUUUUUAAUGGCUGCGAGCUGUGGCCUUUGGCAGGAUUGUUUAAUAAAUAAAACAGUACUUUUUUGGUUGGUGAUUAA